AGCCCGCGCCGUGUCCGCGGCGGAGCCGCCCAGGUGCCCCCGAGGAUGGUGGCGCGGCCCUAGGCCCAGGCCCCGCACCAUGACCUGCUGGCUGUGCGUCCUGAGCCUGCAGCUCCUGCUCCUGCGCGCGGCCCCGCCCCCGGCGGGUGGCUGCCCGGCCCGCUGCGAGUGCACGGCGCCCACGCGCGCGGUGGCCUGUCCCCGGCGCCGCCUGACCGCCGUGCCCGACGGCAUCCCGGCCGAGACGCGCGUGCUGGAGCUCAGCCGCAACCGCAUCCGCUGCCUGAACCCGGGCGACCUGGCGGCGCUGCCGCAGCUGGAGGAGCUGGACCUGAGCGACAACGUGAUCGCGCACGUGGAGCCGGGCGCCUUCGCCAACCUGCCGCGCCUGCGCGUGCUGCGCCUGCGCGGCAACCUGCUGAAGCUCAUCCCGCCCGGGGUCUUCACGCGCCUGGACAACCUCACGAUGCUGGACCUGAGCGAGAACAAGCUCGUCAUCCUCCUGGAUUACGCCUUCCAGGACCUGCGCCGCCUGCGCCGCCUGGAGGUGGGCGACAACGACCUGGUGUUCAUCUCGCGCCGCGCCUUCGCGGGGCUGCUGGCGCUCGAGGAGCUGACCCUGGAGCGGUGCAACCUCACAGCGCUGUCCGCGGAGUCGCUGGGCCACCUGCGCGGCCUGGGCGCGCUGCGCCUGCGGCACCUGGCCAUCGCCGCCCUGGAGGACCAGAACUUUCGGCGGCUCCCGGGGCUGCUGCACCUGGAGAUCGACAACUGGCCGCUGCUGGAGGAGGUGGGCGCCGGCAGCCUGCAGGGCCUCAACCUGACCUCGCUGUCCGUCACCCACACCAACAUCACGGCCGUGCCGGCCGCCGCGCUGCGCCACCAGGCGCACCUCACCUGCCUCAACCUGUCGCACAACCCCAUCAGCACGGUGCCGCGCGGCUCCUUCCGCGACCUGGUGCGCCUGCGCGAGCUGCACCUGGCCGGGGCCCUGCUGGCCGUGGUGGAGCCGCAGGCCUUCCUGGGGCUGCGGCAGAUCCGCCUGCUCAACCUCUCCAACAACCUGCUCUCCACGCUGGAGGAGAGCACGUUCCACUCGGUCAACACGCUGGAGACGCUGCGCGUGGACGGGAACCCGCUGGCCUGCGACUGUCGCCUGCUCUGGAUCGUGCAGCGCCGCAAGACCCUCAACUUCGACGGGCGGCUGCCGGCCUGCGCCACCCCCGCCGAGGUGCGCGGCGACGCGCUGCGCAACCUGCCCGACUCGGUGCUCUUCGAGUACUUCGUGUGCCGCAAGCCCAAGAUCCGCGAGCGGCGGCUGCAGCACGUCACGGCCGCCGCGGGCCAGGCCGUGCGCUUCCAGUGCCGCGCCGAGGGCGAGCCGGCGCCCACGGUGGCCUGGGUGACGCCGCAGCACCGCGCGGUGACCGCCGCCAGCGCCGGGCGCGCGCGCGUGCUGCCCGGGGGCACGCUGGCCAUCCAGGACGCGCGGCCGCAGGACAGCGGCACCUACACGUGCGUGGCCAGCAACGCGGGCGGCAAUGACAGCUACUUCGCCACGCUGACCGUGCAGCCCGAGCCGGCCGCCAACCGGACCCCGGGCGAGGGCCGCAACGACACGCAGGCGGCCGCGCGCUUCCCGCUGGACCUCACCACCAUCCUGGUGUCCACCGCCAUGGGGUGCAUCACCUUCCUGGGCGUCGUCCUCUUCUGUUUCCUGCUGCUCUUCGUGUGGAGCCGCGGCCGCGGGCAGCACAAGAACAACUUCUCCGUGGAGUACUCCUUCCGCAAGGUGGACGGGCCGGCCGCCGCCACCGGCCAGGGCGGCGCCCGCAAGUUCAACAUGAAGAUGAUCUGAGGGCCCCAGGGGCCCACCUCCCACUGCCCUCGCCCUGCUGGGCCCGUGGGCUCCGGGCCGCGCCAGCCCGCGGCCUGCCCGUGUGAUGACCACCUAUGCAUUUCCCAGAGGGGGCGGCUGCAAGCCGGCUCCUGGCAGAACUUCCCCUUUUUUGUAGGGACCCAACCACAGGUCUGUUUUUUCAUCACGACGCAUCUUUUGCAGAGUUUCUCAAGCGUUUUCUAAAGGUUUCACCCUGUGUUCCUGCUCGGGUGUGGUCACCGAGCUGGCUGGGGUCAGGGCAGGGUCCUCCAGCUCGCGGUUCACUCCCGGGAGGCACACAGCUCACACCUCAGGGGGUGGUCUACACCCGGGAUGCCACAGAGGGUGGCCUAGCCCCGAGGGGAGGGCGCACAGGAAGCUGGCACUGUUCACACCUGGACAGCCCACAUCUCACACCCAGCGCACGUGUGUUCACACCCGGGACACAGUCGGACACGGCUCCAGAGUGGAACACACACGCCUCACAUCCAGCUGACACGAGACAGGUGCCCCAGGCUCCAGAGCUCGGCACAGGCACACAAGGCCCUCACACCAAGGACACACGCAGUCCACACUCCAUACACACACAGCUCACUCUUGAGACAGAUCACACCCAGCUCACACUUGGGUCGCACAACUCACACCAGAGACACACUCAGAUUACGCACAGCUCACACCUGUGACCGGCACAGGUCACACCCAGGACAAGCAGCUCACACCUGGAACACACGUGGCUC